AAAGGGGCUGUUUGCUGGUGUGAAGCUGAAGAAGAAGAAGAAAGGCGAGAAAGGGUUAACUAUUGCAAACAAAGAUGCGCUGGGUGAUCAUGAUGAAAGUGCAAGUCUUCACCAUAACAUUCUUGGAAGACAGGAAGAGGCAGAGGAAGACCUAAUGAACAGCGAUGCACUGUCCAAUGUUUUUGGAUCCCUAUGCCCAAAGAGGAAAAGGGCAAAGCUGAUGACCAGAAUUAAUGGAGAGGAGAUGAAAUCCCAGAACUACCAGAUUGCCAUCACCAUCAUCGAGGCCAGGCAGCUGGUGGGUGAGAACAUCGACCCUGUGGUGAUCAUCGAGAUAGGUGACGAGAAGAAGCAAACGACAGUAAAGGAAGGCACAAACAGCCCUUUCUACAAUGAGUACUUUGUGUUUGAUUUCGUUGGACCACAGGUGUUCCUGUUUGACAAAAUAAUCAACAUCUCUGUUAUGCACAAUAAACUGAUUGGAAGCAUGCUGAUAGGCUCCUUUAAAGUAGAUCUGGGGACGGUGUAUGGUCAGCCAAGUCACCAGUUUUGUGACAAGUGGGCACUUCUCACAGACCCUGCUGACAUUAGGACAGGAGCAAAGGGAUACCUGAAGUGUGACAUCAGUGUGACUGGGAAAGGUGACGCAAUACAAGCUACGCAGAAAACAGCUGAUACUGAGGAGCAGAUUGAAAAGAACCUCUUAAUUCCCAAAGGCUUUCCAUCUGAAAGACCAUGGGCCAGAUUUUAUGUGAGAAUUUACAAAGCAGAAGGACUUCCGAAGAUGAACUCUAGCAUCAUGGCCAAUGUCACCAAAGCAUUCAUAGGCGACAGUAAGGACCUUGUGGAUCCCUAUGUGGUGGUCAUGUUUGCAGGUCAAAUGGGUCGGACAACAGUGCAAAAGAACUGUGCAGAUCCAGUAUGGCAUGAACAGAUUAUCUUCAAGGAAAUGUUCCCUCCACUCUGCCGAAGAGUUAAAAUCCAGGUCUGGGAUGAAGGCAGCAUGAAUGAUGUGGCCUUAGCCACCCACUUCAUUGACUUGAAGAAAAUAUCAAAUGAACAAGAUGGUGACAAAGGUUUUUUGCCUACAUUUGGGCCUGCCUGGAUCAAUCUCUAUGGCUCACCCAGGAAUCACAGCCUCAUGGAUGACCACCAGGAACUUAACGAAGGUUUUGGAGAAGGGGUCUCCUUCAGGGGACGUCUCUUCAUUGAGAUUGCUGUGGAGAUACUUUCAGGAGGAGCCCGUGAGUCAAAGUUUUCAAGUUUUAUCAAGGAUAUCAAAUUGCCUUCUAAAGAUAAAGACUUCAAAGCAUCCAAAGGAAAAGACAAAACUGAGAAAGCAGGAGAGGAUCGAAAGUCAGUUUCUCCUUCAGAUAAGAUGAACUCAACCGAAGUGGAAGUCGAGCCAUUUGAUGUUCCUUCAGAGAUCUAUGAAGAAAAAUUUGAGGAAUUCCUCCUCUUUGGGACAUUUUUUGAAGCCACAAUGAUUGAUAGGAAGGUUGGGGACAAGCCAAUAACCUUUGAGGUUUCCAUUGGUAACUUUGGAAAUAUUACUGAUGGGGUGUCAGCAGGAGCUGGAGGGAAAAAGAAGACACGUGAAGGAGAAGCAGAAGAAACAGAAGAAAGUCUGCUGCGUGAGAUGGAGGAAGAAAUUUCUCAUGACCUUGGAGUACCCCUGAUAUCCACCACACACCCCGAGAAGCCACUAAUCACAGGUGGGAACAGGAACUACCAGUACCUGCCAUAUGACGAGAGGAAGCCCUGUGUUUGUAUCAAGAGCUACUGGGGCAACCAGACAUUUCGUCUAUACUCUUCUAACACUCUUGAGAAAAUGGCAGAUCACCUGGAAGAAUCAUUAGAGGAAGUAAAGGAUUUGAUCAAGGUUUCAGAGACUGCAUCUGAGGAGAAAAUGAUCAUGACCCUAAAUGAUUUUAUUAAUCAAAGCAGGGCCUUCAUUAACACUGCUGAAAAGAAGCCCAAAGGGCUGAACUACACUGCUUUGGACAAAAAGAGACUCAUGCUGUUCAAGCAAGAGCUGGAAGCAAUGUCCAGUGAUGCCAAAGGAAUUGCUCAGCAGCAGAAAAAGAAGAUGCCACUGGAUGAAAUGCUGCGUGAGACCCAGAGCUUUAUAGAUAAAAUUCGAUUCUUGGUUGAUGAGCCACAGAAUACAGUGCCUGAUGUCUUCAUCUGGAUGCUCAGCAGUAACAAGAGAGUUGCAUAUGCAAGAGUCCCGGCAAAAGACAUACUCUAUUCCACAGCAAACGAGCAGAGAGGCAAGGACUGUGGGAAGAUUAAAACCCAUUUCUUGAAAUUACCAGGCAAGCGCCCACUGGGCUGGACUGUGCAGGCAAAGGUGGACAUCUACCUAUGGCUUGGACCUGCAAGCUAUGCCCACAGCAUCACGGAGAAUUUGCCUGUGGGGUAUGAGACUGAAUUACCAUCUAACACCAGCUCAGGGCACAGUGUGGUGCCCUCACCUGCCUGCCUGCUGUAUAAAA